CUCGCACAAUCCACGACACACUUAAAACCCGCCUAUUAUCAAUGUUAACCGUGCAUUUCGCAGAACUCUUGAUUCGCUUAACAUUACCGGACGACGCUGACGCUGCCGCCGGAAACGACGACUCAGCCGCCGCCGCCGACGACAUAAGAUUUUCAUUAAAACAACGAUGAUCCUACGCAAUAGGAUUACCAGUGUUGUAAUCCUAACAGUGGCGCUAAUAUCGGGAGUGCAAUGCUUCGACGAUGCCGACAAUUAUAACGUUAAGAUCACCAAGCAUGGUCUGGAACUGACUCAGACCAUAAACAUCCAAAGGCAGGAAUAUCUGCAAAAAAUGUGCGAAACUAUGGGAUACAGUACGCAGACUUUUGAAGAUCUAACCGAGGAACAAAUGGAACAUAUGAUCGUGGAUCCCGAGCAUAAAUUUAUGUAUUGUUAUGUUCCCAAGGUUGCCUGCACUAAUUGGAAACGAGUCCUAAUGAUACUCACCGGAAAUUGGCAAAAUGGCACUGAUCCUCUACAAAUUCCCGCCUCACUCGCUCACUCACCAAAUAUGUUUAAAAAACUCAAUUCACUAACUGAAGACGAGCGCAAUACAGUUCUCUCCGAAUACACUCGUUUCGUGUUGGUGCGACAUCCCUUCGAAAGAUUACUCUCAGCCUACAGAAACAAACUAGAAGGAACAUCCUCCAGCGCCAAAUACUUCCAAACUCGAGUAGGCCGCCAAAUAGUGAAGAGUUUUCGUGUAAAUCCAUCCAAUGCUUCACUUGAGAAUGGGGAUGAUGUGACAUUUGGAGAAUUUGUCCAAUACCUCCUAACACCCGAUGUGAGUUUAUUCAAUCAAUCCUUCAACGAACAUUGGGAACCCAUAUCGAAACUUUGUCAUCCUUGUGCUAUGAAAUACAAUGUAAUCGGCAAAUAUGAAACUCUCCUUGACGAUUCAGCAUUGGCCUUGUACUUAACCGGAGACAAUAAUCUAACUUUCCCCACUGGGCACAAAUCAUCAGGGACUAAAAGUCAUUUGCGUGAAUAUUUUGAUCCUUUGCCCAUCGGUGCUAUACGAAGGCUCUACGAGAUUUACAUGGAUGAUUUUCGUUUAUUCGAUUAUGGUGUCGAACACGUUCUAGGGUUUGAAUUUGGAUGAUAGGAUUUUUCUUUAACUGUCUCCAACUAAAUAUAUUUAUUUAUAUAAAAUUGUACAAAAAGAGGACUAUUGAUCUUAUAAGAAAACAAAAUAACAGAAGAAAACAAAAACCAUAAACAUAAGUAUAAGCUUAUUUUUGUUACACACGCUAUUUGUUGUUAUUUGUUUAAAUAAUAUUGUUUUACAAGUUUUGCUAUGUGAUAUUUGUAAGUAAAGAAUUAAGAUAGAGAAUACCAAUUAACUUCGGUUAAGCAUUGAUAUUGAAAUGUUUAUAAAAUAUGACAUAAUUUUAGUUAAUAAGUCAAAGAUAGAGAAUAAAUUAUUUUUUUAAUUUCAAA